AUGUGUCUAUAUGAAUUUAUUGAUUAUCAUGAUAAUUAUUCAUCGUUGGAUGAAAUUUUUUAUGAUUAUUAUCUUAAUCAUCCAUAUGAUUCAACAAAUUUAACCUGUUAUACUCACUUGCAAUGUAAUCGUGGUCCUGUACCAACAUGUUUAACUUGGAGUGAAAUUUGUGAUGGACAAAUAGAUUGUCUAGAUGGUGAAUACGAUGAAGAAAAUUGUUGGCAACUUGGAAUAAAUCAAUGUAAUGACGGUGAAUAUCAAUGUACAAAUGGACAAUGCAUACCAAAACAAUUUUUAAUGGAUGGUUGGGCGAAUUAUGAUUGUUUAGAUGGCUCUGAUGAAAAUUCACCGUUGACUCAUCUAAUGCCAAAAUGUAGAAUCAAUCAAGCAUCAUUUGAAUGUGAAGAAAGAACCUGUAGAAAAAUGUUUGUCACAAAUUCCUGCCAGCCGGAGCGUGAGGAACAAUUAGUAAGAUUAAUCUAUUCAAUGAAUGAUAAUUCCAUAUCCGAAGAAUGUUCAUCGGCUCUAAAAUACAUCUUCAAAAUAGCAAAUCCAAGUAAUUCAUUUUUUUAA